AUGGAGUUCGUCACAGCCCUUCGGGGUACCUUUGACGACAACAAGCCCUCGCUAUUCGAAGUCCUCUCCGAGCAGCAACUCAAUGGCUUGCUGCCGCCGACAUUGCGAUAUCUUCUCACAGUCGCGACGCAGAGACAUCCCCGCUACCUACUGCGGAUACUCAACUCCUUUGACGAGCUCUACGCCUUGUGCAUGCUCGCCGUUGAGCGACACUACUUGCGUACCCGAGGCGGAUCCUUUACCGAAAACUUCUAUGGGCUUAAGCGGGAAAAGGCCCUGCGGGGUGAGAUACCGCGGGCGAGCAUAUCGGCUCCGAACCUGGUCCGUGAGACGCUGAAGUUAUCCACCAGCGACGUUUGGAAGAACCUGGCCGUGCUUGUUGGUGUGCCGUAUUUGAAGCGUAAACUGGACGAAAGCUACGAAAUCAAUGCGCCUAGAGCGCUGCUUGGAUCAGCCUACACUCGAAUGCCGGACAACCCCACCGUCAAAGACAGGAUCCUGCAUUAUUACCGAUGGUUCUUGAUGAAUAUAUACCCGAGCGUAAAUGCCGCUUACUACUUUGCCAUAUUGGUUUUCAAUCUUGGUUACCUAUUUGACAGGACCAAAUAUCACAACCCCCUCAUGUGGCUGAUUGGAACGCGACUCCGCCGAAUGACCGGUGCCGAUUACCAGGCUAUCGACGCGCUCUCCCAGCCUAAACCUGGCAAUCGACCAGGAUCACGAUCGAUCUUCUCACCGAGCGAAUUGGGUUCAAAGGUGCUGUCGAGCCUAUCACUACUUUUGCCCAUGAGCAUCUUCGCACUUAAAUUCUUGGAAUGGUGGCACCAAUCAGAUUUUGCCAAGCAGUUGUCUCGCAAGGCCACCGAGAAUAUUGACCUCCCGCCGCCUAUUGUAAACGGGGUCGCAAAGAAGUCCAAGUCGUCUGAGGGUCAAGAGGACAAGGCUGAGAAGACUGAGGAGGAUGGCCAUGAUAAAAUCAUGUCCGCCGAGGACGCACCGAUUGCCACGCCCUCUAUGCUGCCCAUCUAUGUGGUGCCAACUCCAAAGGAUACCUCCCAUUGCCCAAUCUGCCAAGACGAUAUAGUCACUCCGACAGCCUGCCAAACGGGUGUCGUGUACUGUUACACGUGCAUUCACAAAUGGCUUGAGGGGACGCACGACAAGCAGGAGAGUUUUAUGGAGAAGCAUAAAGGGAAGUGGGAGAGCGGCAUUGGUAGGUGUGCGGUUACUGGCAAACGCGUCCUUGGCGGAACUGAAGGCUUGCGAAGGAUCAUAAUAUAA